AUGAAUAAAUUAAAAAAUAAUAUUAUAAGAAGCAUUCCAAACUUACAUCAAGAUAGUAAGGUUGAAUAUGGUAAAAUAUUAAGUGCAAUAAAACCAAAUGAAUUAAAGGAGCCAAAGACUGCAAAAUAUAUGUAAUUGGAUUUGAAAAAUAAAAUUAAUUAAUCAAUCAGAGAAAAUGUUACAAGUGUAAGUUCAGAGAGAUAAUAACCAAAAAAAGUAAAGAAAACGGAUGGGAAUGUGGAGAAAAUAGUUGAAUUGAUAAAAAAAGAUUUGCUUCCAAUGUUCAAUAUUCAAAAUGAUAGAAUUGAAAAAUUAGAAAGAAGAUUCAAAAUAAAAAACGAAUCAGAGGAUGAUAGUGAUUUAUUUAAGUCUUCAAUAAUAUCUGAUAAAAAAUCAAAUUCAGUUGUUGUAGAAAGUGAAGUCUAGAAUUUAUCCGUUAGUGUAGAUGAAAUAAAAAAAAAUUUAUCGCAUCUAGAUAAUUUUGUGAAAUAUCAAUUUAUAAAGCGUAAAUGUUAAGAAUCAGAUGCAUCAGAAAAUAAAAGUUAAAGUUUAAUAUUGUAGAUUUAAUCAAAAAUUAGUACAGAAAUAAUUUAAUAAAAGAUUGAGUUCUAGCGAACAAAUAAAUAAAUACAAGAAUAUAUGUCUAUUUAAUUAUAAGAGAUAAAGGAUUGGAUUAACAACAUAUAGAUUGAUUAAUAAAAAGAUACAGAGAUCAAAUUAAAUCAAAUGGAAACUCAAUUUUAUUAAUUUUUAUAUUAACCAUUAGAAGUAUUACGACAAAUCUAAACUAAUUAAAAUGAUAUUUAGAUUUAAAUUAAGAAAUUGGAUUAAAUUUUAAAUUCUAGUAUAUUGUAAAACAAAAUAUAGAAUUUUAAAGAUGAAAUUAUUUGUUGUAAAUAAGAUUGUAAUAAAGAGAUUGUGAAAAUUAAUUGUCAUCAUUCAUAUCAUAAGGAAUGUUUAGAGAAAUAAAUUGAAGAGAAUUUAAAAGAAAAAAAAAAUAUAAGUUGUAAAGAAUGUAGUACUUAAAUUUAACUAAAUAUAAUCAGAUAGACAGAUAUUUCUCCAAAAAUAUUAGAUUAAAUAUUAAAAGAAUAAUUAUAAUAGAUGAUGACAUUUUCAAAGAAAGAUACAAUAUAAUGUUUAAAAUGUGGAUUCCUGUACAUGUAUGAUCAAUCAUAAGGAAAUCAGUAAAAUGAUUGUGUUUAAUGUACUUGA